AUGCUGAAAGGAAGUAUUAAUGGUUGGAAGUCAGUUUCGUGGUUGAUCACAUUUCUCUUUCCAAGAAUCGUCCUAGUACACGUCGUGCUCAACUUCAUAAAGAGGGUCAACCAUAGCACCACCACUAUUUCCAUCUCCACGUAUGUCGCCAUUCUAUUGUACUGGUUCUGCAUUUCAGCGCCAGUCUCCCUGUUUGGAGGACUCCUAGUGACCUGGGCCAAGGCUAUCCAAUAUCCUGUGAAAACCAAUCACAUUCCUAGGGAAAUCCCGGCUUGGACACUCCCCUCGUGGCUCUUAGUUCUUGGUGCUGGGAUGAUCCCGUUCGGCACACUUGUUACUGAACUCAUCUUCUUUCUGAGUAGCAUAUGGCUUCCUGAGGACUGGAAAUGGUGGUGGAAGUCUUUCUGUGCUUCCGGUUCGGCUUCCCUCUUUGUGUUCAUGUACUGCAUCAAUUACUUGGUUUCUGAUCCGAACGGUUUGAGCGGGCCUCCAUCAGUCACAGUUUAUGUCGGUUACUUGCUCAUCAUGGCGAUAGCAGCCCUGCUAUCAACUGGAAGCAUUGGUUUCCUCACUUCGUUAUACUUUGUGAAUGCUCUCUUCUCAUCAACAGAGAUCUGA